GACGGAGAAAGUAGCUGACUUUUGGCAACUUUAUAAAUACUACACCCCUCCAAAGACUCAUUCCCAUUCACACAACUCAUCUACCCAACUUUUAUUUUAAAAAGAGUCAGUACACUCUUUGGAUUUUCCAAUAAUCCCUUAUACAUAUUCUUCAUUUUUUUUAAUCCUCCACCUAUAAUUUCGAAAACUCAAAAAUGGGUCAGACACUUUUAGAUGCUCUUAACGUUCGAGUCGUAGGUACUGGCAACAGAUUUCUAGUACUAGCACAUGGAAUUGGUACAGACCAAUCAGCUUGGAACAGAAUAUUACCAUUUUUUCUCCGCGAUUAUCGUGUUGUUUUGUAUGAUCUUGUCUGUGCAGGCAGUGUCAAUCCUGAUUUUUUCGAUUUUCACCGUUAUACAACACUUGAUCCUUAUGUUGAUGACCUCCUUAAUAUACUUGAUGCACUUGGUAUUGAUCGUUGUGCUUAUGUUGGACACUCUGUCUCUGCUAUCAUUGGGAUUUUAGCUUCUAUCAGAAGACCUGAACUGUUUUCUAAACUUAUUCUCAUUGGUGCUUCUCCCAGGUUCUUGAAUGAUGAAGACUACCAUGGUGGAUUUGAACCAGGAGAAAUUGAGAAAGUAUUUUCAGCCAUGGAGGCAAAUUAUGAAGCAUGGGUCAAUGGUUUUGCCCCAUUGGCCGUCGGAGCCGAUGUUCCGGCGGCCGUACGAGAAUUCAGCAGGACAUUGUUCAAUAUGAGACCAGACAUAACAUUGUUUGUGUCAAGGACAGUGUUUAAUAGUGACAUGAGGGGUGUUUUAGGCCUUGUGAAAGUACCAUGUCACAUUUUUCAGACAGCAAGGGAUCACUCCGUACCUGCUUCAGUCGCCAUGUACCUAAAGAACCACCUUGGUGGGCGGAACACAGUGCAUUGGUUGAAUAUUGAAGGUCAUUUGCCACACCUUAGUGCCCCUACCUUAUUGGCACAAGAGCUUAGGAGAGCUCUUUCUCAUAGGUGAAUCUACUUUCGAUCUCCAUGAAGCAGGUACAGAGUGAGAUAAACUCAUAGAACUUAAAUCCUGAAUUGUUCGCUUAAGUGGAUAAUGGAUAACCAAACCCCCCAAAAAGGAAACAUGGUUUGUUUAGUAUUUGAACCUUCGUAUACAUUGUGCAUUUGUGGAAAAGUUUGGAUUUUUACCAAAUAGGAUGAUGUUGAGACUUGAGAACAUUCAAGAAUAACAAUCCUUACAAAAAAUCUCUUAGACACAAACUACGCACAAGUCGUACGUUUUCUUUUGAGCAUUGUAAGAAAGUCUAUUGUACCUCAAAUUUUGUUUUUUUAUUGUUGCUUUUUUUUUUUUUGUAGACUUUCCAAAAAGAAAAAAAAAGUUUUGGUUUUCUUGUUCCAA